AGUGGCGCAUGCGCGGGCGUCCUGCGAGCCCGCUGGGGCGAGCCGAGCCGCGGCGGCGCCGGGAGCCGGGCGGCGGAGCUGUGAGGAAGCAAGCUGCGGCACGGGAGCAGCGGCGACGGACAGGUGGCGAGCCUUCGCCCGCGCCUCCAGGGGCUGCUGGGCCACCCGCGGAGCCUCGCGGUCCAGACGUGGCGGGGGUGGCGGCGGCAUCCCGGACGGCCUGUGAGGGAUGCGCCGCCCACUGCCCCGCGCCGCCUGACCGUCCCCGCCUCGACUCGCGGUGCGCCACAGCCGGGCCCGCGGCCGUCCCCGCCGCGUUGUCGCCCGGUCGCCGCGCCCGCGGGGCCGCGCCCGGCACGGCCAUGUGGACCCCCACGGAGGAGGAGAAAUACGGCGUAGUGAUAUGCAGCUUCCGAGGAUCUGUCCCUCAAGGAUUGGUCUUAGAAAUAGGAGAAACAGUCCAGAUUCUUGAAAAAUGUGAAGGUUGGUACAGAGGAGUUUCAACAAAGAAGCCAAAUGUGAAGGGGAUCUUUCCUGCAAAUUACAUUCACUUGAAAAAGGCAAUUGUCAGUAAUAGGGGGCAGUAUGAAACUGUGGUUCCACUUGAAGAUUCUAUUGUGACUGAAGUUACAGCAACUCUACAAGAAUGGGCAAGUUUGUGGAAACAGUUGUAUGUGAAACACAAAGUAGAUCUUUUCUACAAACUACGCCACGUGAUGAAUGAACUUAUUGACCUGCGAAGGCAGCUACUGUCUGGUCACCUGACUCAGGAUCAGGUGCGGGAGGUUAAGCGGCACAUCACUGUGCGCCUGGACUGGGGUAAUGAACAUUUGGGCCUGGACCUGGUGCCUCGGAAGGACUUUGAAGUAGUGGACUCGGACCAGAUUAGUGUCUCAGAUCUCUAUAAGAUGCAUUUAUCUAGCCGGCAAAGUGUACAGCAAAGCACAUCCCAGGUAGAUACAAUGCGCCCACGUCAUGGGGAAACAUGUCGGAUGCCAGUGCCACAUCACUUCUUCCUCAGCCUGAAGAGUUUCACUUACAAUACUAUUGGGGAAGACACCGAUGUCUUCUUUUCCUUAUAUGACAUGAGGGAAGGCAAGCAGAUCAGUGAGCGGUUUCUGGUAAGACUGAACAAGAAUGGUGGGCCAAGGAACCCAGAGAAGAUAGAACGAAUGUGUGCCCUUUUUACAGAUCUGAGCAGCAAAGAUAUGAAGAGAGAUUUGUAUAUCGUUGCCCAUGUGAUCCGAAUAGGCCGGAUGCUCCUGAACGACUCAAAGAAAGGUCCUCCUCACCUGCACUACAGGCGACCAUAUGGCUGUGCGGUCCUAAGCAUCUUGGAUGUCCUACAGUCACUCACAGAAGUAAAGGAAGAAAAGGAUUUUGUUCUUAAGGUUUACACGUGCAACAACGAGAGUGAGUGGUCCCAGAUCCACGAGAACAUCAUCCGAAAGUCCAGUGCCAAGUACUCUGCCCCCAGCGCCAGCCAUGGUCUUAUCAUUUCUCUGCAGCUUCUUCGUGGAGACAUGGAACAGAUUCGGAGAGAAAAUCCCAUGAUAUUUAAUAGGGGAUUGGCGAUUACAAGAAAAUUGGGAUUUCCUGAUGUCAUUAUGCCAGGUGAUAUCCGCAAUGACCUGUACCUAACCCUGGAGAAGGGGGAUUUCGAGAGAGGUGGAAAGAGUGUACAAAAGAAUAUUGAAGUGACCAUGUAUGUGCUUUAUGCAGAUGGAGAAAUCUUGAAGGAUUGCAUCAGCUUGGGUUCAGGAGAGCCAAAUAGGAGUUCCUACCACUCCUUUGUCCUCUACCACAGUAAUAGUCCUCGCUGGGGAGAAAUUAUCAAAUUGCCUAUCCCCAUUGACCGGUUCCGGGGCUCCCAUCUGCGCUUUGAGUUCAGACAUUGUUCCACAAAGGACAAAGGGGAAAAGAAACUCUUUGGCUUUGCAUUCUCACCCCUGAUGCGUGACGAUGGCACCACCCUCUCAGAUGAUAUUCACGAGCUUUAUGUGUACAAGUGUGAUGAGAAUAGCACGUUUAAUAACCAUGCUCUGUACCUGGGCCUGCCCUGCUGCAAAGAGGACUACAAUGGCUGCCCUAAUAUUCCUUCUAGCCUCAUCUUCCAGCGCAGCACCAAAGAGUCUUUCUUCAUCUCCACUCAGCUCUCCUCUACCAAACUCACCCAGAACGUGGACCUCCUAGCUCUGCUGAAGUGGAAGGCCUUCCCCGACCGGAUCAUGGAUGUACUAGGGCGGCUGCGGCAUGUCAGUGGGGAGGAAAUUGUUAAGUUUCUGCAGGACAUCUUAGAUACACUCUUUGUGAUUUUGGAUGAUAAUACAGAGAAGUACGGCCUGUUGGUUUUUCAGUCUCUGGUGUUCAUCAUCAACCUGCUCCGAGACAUCAAGUAUUUUCACUUUCGACCUGUGAUGGACACGUAUAUCCAGAAGCACUUUGCUGGAGCUCUGGCAUACAAGGAGCUCAUCCGCUGUUUGAAGUGGUAUAUGGACUGCUCAGCAGAACUGAUUCGACAGGACCACAUUCAAGAAGCUAUGCGGGCCUUGGAGUACCUUUUCAAGUUCAUUGUACAGUCACGGAUCCUGUACUCACGAGCCACUUGUGGAAUGGAAGAGGAACAAUUCAGAUCCAGUAUCCAAGAACUUUUCCAGUCCAUCCGGUUUGUGCUCAGUCUGGACAGCCGAAACUCAGAAACACUCCUUUUUACUCAGGCUGCACUCCUCAAUUCUUUCCCAACCAUCUUUGACGAGCUGCUGCAAAUGUUCACCGUGCAAGAGGUGGCAGAGUUUGUGAGAGGGACACUGGGGAGCAUGCCCAGCACUGUGCACAUUGGGCAGUCAAUGGACGUGGUCAAGCUGCAGUCCAUUGCCAGGACAGUGGAUAGCCGCCUGUUUUCUUUCUCAGAAUCCCGCCGCAUCCUGCUUCCUGUGGUUCUCCAUCACAUUCACCUUCACCUGAGGCAGCAGAAAGAGCUGCUAAUUUGCUCAGGGAUUCUUGGCAGCAUCUUCUCCAUCGUCAAGACCAGCUCUCUGGAGGCAGAUGUCAUGGAGGAAGUAGAGAUGAUGGUGGAGAGCCUCCUGGACGUGCUCUUGCAGACUCUGCUCACCAUCAUGAGCAAAUCGCACGCUCAGGAGGCGGUAAGAGGGCAGCGGUGCCCGCAGUGCACAGCCGAGAUCACUGGCGAGUAUGUGUCCUGCCUUCUCUCACUGCUCCGCCAGAUGUGUGACACCCAUUUCCAGCACCUCCUGGACAACUUCCAGAGCAAAGAUGAACUCAAGGAAUUUCUGCUGAAGAUUUUUUGCGUGUUCCGGAACCUGAUGAAGAUGAGUGUCUUCCCUCGGGACUGGAUGGUAAUGAGACUGCUCACAAGCAAUAUUAUAGUCACUACUGUCCAGUACCUGUCCUCUGCACUGCACAAGAAUUUCACAGAGACUGACUUUGACUUUAAGGUGUGGAAUUCUUAUUUUAGCCUGGCAGUUCUAUUCAUAAAUCAGCCAAGCCUUCAGCUAGAAAUUAUCACCUCAGCCAAAAGGAAGAAGAUUCUAGAUAAGUAUGGGGACAUGCGUGUAAUGAUGGCCUAUGAACUGUUCAGCAUGUGGCAGAAUUUGGGUGAACAUAAGAUCCACUUUAUUCCGGGAAUGAUUGGUCCUUUUCUGGGUGUGACACUGGUCCCACAGCCAGAAGUACGGAAUAUCAUGAUUCCCAUCUUUCAUGACAUGAUGGACUGGGAGCAGAGAAAAAAUGGCAACUUCAAACAGGUGGAGGCCGAGUUGAUUGACAAGCUGGACAGCAUGGUGUCAGAAGGGAAAGGUGACGAGAGCUACAGGGAGCUCUUCAGCCUACUAACCCAGCUCUUUGGGCCCUACCCCAGCCUGCUGGAGAAGGUUGAACAAGAAACAUGGCGCGAAACCGGCAUUUCCUUUGUGACCUCAGUCACCCGCCUCAUGGAACGUCUUCUUGACUACAGGGACUGCAUGAAAGGAGAGGAAACAGAGAAUAAGAAGAUCGGCUGCACUGUUAACCUGAUGAAUUUUUACAAAUCUGAGAUUAACAAGGAAGAAAUGUAUAUCCGCUACAUCCAUAAGCUUUGUGACAUGCACUUGCAGGCCGAAAACUACACAGAGGCCGCAUUUACCCUGCUGCUUUACUGUGAGCUGCUGCAGUGGGAGGACCGGCCACUACGGGAAUUCCUCCACUACCCAUCGCAGACAGAGUGGCAGCGGAAGGAGGGACUGUGCCGGAAGAUCAUUCACUACUUCAACAAAGGCAAGAGCUGGGAGUUUGGGAUCCCACUAUGCAGGGAGCUGGCGUGUCAGUACGAGAGCCUCUAUGAUUACCAGAGCCUCAGCUGGAUUCGGAAAAUGGAGGCCAGCUACUAUGACAACAUUAUGGAGCAGCAACGCCUGGAGCCUGAGUUCUUUCGGGUCGGCUUCUAUGGCAGGAAGUUUCCUUUCUUUCUUCGGAACAAAGAAUACGUGUGCCGUGGCCAUGACUACGAGAGGCUGGAGGCCUUCCAGCAGAGGAUGCUCAGCGAGUUUCCGCAGGCUGUCGCCAUGCAGCACCCCAACCAUCCUGAUGAUGCCAUCCUACAGUGCGAUGCCCAGUACUUGCAGAUCUAUGCAGUGACGCCCAUUCCAGAUUAUGUGGAUGUUCUGCAGAUGGAUAGGGUACCAGAUCGCGUCAAGAGCUUCUAUCGCGUCAACAAUGUGAGGAAGUUCCGGUACGACAGGCCUUUUCACAAAGGCCCCAAGGACAAGGAGAAUGAAUUCAAGAGCCUGUGGAUUGAACGUACCACACUGACCCUGACCCACAGCUUGCCUGGCAUCUCUCGGUGGUUUGAAGUGGAGAGGAGGGAACUGGUGGAGGUGAGCCCUCUGGAGAAUGCCAUCCAAGUGGUUGAGAAUAAGAACCAGGAGCUACGCUCCCUGAUCAGCCAAUAUCAACACAAGCAGGUGCAUGGCAAUAUCAACCUGCUAAGCAUGUGCCUGAAUGGUGUUAUUGAUGCAGCUGUCAAUGGAGGCAUUGCACGCUAUCAGGAGGCCUUCUUUGAUAAAGAUUACAUCAACAAGCACCCAGGAGAUGCUGAGAAGAUCACCCAGCUCAAGGAGCUUAUGCAGGAGCAGGUUCAUGUCCUUGGAGUUGGGCUAGCAGUUCAUGAGAAGUUUGUGCACCCAGAAAUGCGGCCUCUGCAUAAGAAGCUAAUUGAUCAGUUCCAGAUGAUGCGGGCCAGUCUCUACCAUGAGUUUCCAGGUUUGGAUAAGCUAAGUCCUGCAUGUUCAGGCACCAGCACCCCACGGGGUAAUGUUCUGACAUCCCAUAGCCCCAUGAGUCCGGAGAGCAUCAAGAUGACCCACCGGCACAGCCCCAUGAACUUGAUGGGCACAGGCCGCCAUUCAUCAUCCUCUCUCUCCUCACAUGCGUCUAGUGAAGCAGGAAACAUGGUGAUGCUGGGCGACGGCUCCAUGGGCGAUGCUCCCGAGGACCUGUACCACCACAUGCAGCUCGCGUAUCCCAAUCCCAGGUACCAGGGCUCAGUCACCAACGUCUCUGUUCUGUCCUCGUCCCAGGCAAGCCCUUCUUCCUCCAGCCUGAGUUCCACUCACUCAGCACCAUCCCAGAUGAUUACCUCUGCCCCUUCCAGUGCCCGAGGCUCUCCCUCUCUGCCAGAUAAGUACCGCCAUGCCCGUGAAAUGAUGUUGUUGCUGCCCACAUACCGAGACCGCCCAAGCAGUGCCAUGUAUCCAGCAGCCAUCCUGGAGAAUGGACAGCCGCCGAAUUUCCAGCGAGCCCUGUUCCAGCAAGUGGUCGGAGCCUGCAAACCCUGCAGUGAUCCCAAUCUGUCUGUGGCUGAAAAAGCUGUGCCAGCAGCCCCCAGCAGCUGGAGUCUGGAUAGCGGAGCCCAAGAGGCCCAGCCCUUCCUGUCUGCCCAUAUGGGGUGCAUCCUGGCCCCCCCAGUGCCUCCCCGAAGCCUGCUGCAUGGUCAUUACUCCCUACACUUUGACGCCUUCCACCACCCUCUGGGUGAUACCCCCCCAGCCCUCCCUGCCCGGACCCUGCGCAAGUCUCCUCUCCACCCUAUCCCAGCCUCCCCCACAAGCCCCCAGUCAGGUCUGGACGGCAGCAACUCUACGCUGUCCGGCAGUGCCAGCAGCGGCGUGUCCUCCUUGAGUGAGAGUAACUUUGGGCACUCCUCGGAGGCCCCACCUCGCACCGACACCAUGGACUCCAUGCCGAGCCAGGCCUGGAAUGCUGACGAAGAUCUUGAGGCACCCUACCUCCCUGUCCACUACAGCCUCUCUGAGUCUGCCGUCCUGGACUCCAUCAAGGCCCAGCCAUGCCGAAGCCACUCAGCCCCAGGGUGCGUCAUCCCUCAGGACCCCAUGGACCCGCCUGCGCUGCCACCCAAGCCCUACCACCCCCGCCUGCCGGCCCUGGAGCACGAUGAGGGGGUGCUGCUGCGUGAAGAGACUGAGAGGCCUCGAGGCCUGCACCGCAAGGCUUCAUUGCCUCCUGGGAGCGCUAAGGAGGAGCAGGCCCGCAUGGCCUGGGAGCACGGCCGAGGGGAGCAGUGAGGGGCAACGAGGCGGCUGGGAUGCCGCCCUCAGUAAGCAGCUUGCCAAUCACUCCAGGUCUGAAAAGCAAGUCCCCCAGCCCCACCCCAGGGAGCCAGAGAGGCUUGGCACUCAGGAGAGAACUACCCCCAAGUCUCCGUUCUACUGCCGUGAACUCAUGUGUUGCCAUGUACAGAGGCCACAGCAGCAUGAAGGGUUGUGGCUUCCCUUUUUUUUACAUUUCCAUUUCUAUGGGUUUCCCUUUCUUUCCUUUAUGCAGUAGAUGCUUUCUUCCUCCUGCAGUUCUGGACCAUGUGGAGCUAUAUGGAGAAAUUGCACAGACAGAAUCACUUUGCCACACUGCAGGGCCCAGGAGUGGGAGCCCAGGCCCUCCCUCCAGGGUAGAGGCACAGAAUGGAAAUUGCACUAAGGACCUCUUCCUUUGCUGUAUGGACAGAAGAGUUCAUGGUUGCAUUCAGGGAUUGCAAGGACCAUAUAGACAUGUCACAGGUGGAAAAAGGGCCACAAGCCGUUUUGCACAAAUGCCUGCCCACCUGCCCCUCUUCCAUCCAGGAGUGUGCUACUGAGGGGCUGGCUGGACCAACCUGCUGGCUCAGGCAUGUGACUGGCCUAACCGCAUGCCCAGGGCACUGCCAGGGUUCAAUGGGCCAGCCAUCUCCUACUCCACCUUGGAUUUUUCUCUCCAUCACAUUAUUUCUGACCAUUUGCUCCCUUCCAUUCUUGAAACACCUCAUGCCCCACAGGAGCCCCAGUGGUGACUGGAUCUGCAAGGGUUAUCUCCCACCCUCUGGGGUUUGAGUGGAGGUAUGGAGCCAGAGGGGCUAUCCUAGCUACCUUCCUCCUAGGGGGAGCUGGUCCCCUUCCUAUGUGGUAGAGAGACUGGUGUAAGAGUGAGUGUGGGGUGUGGCAGGCGCCGGAAAUCCUCGAAGCUUUCAGAAGCGUCCAGAAUGCCUACCAUCAGCUCCUGAAUCAGGGAUUUUCAGCACUACCUCUGAGCCGUGGGGUUGGCUGCCCAGCCAGGCUUCCAGGCCCUGAGGACAUGUGGUCAGGUUCAGCAGGCUCCUGGGUAAAGAGGGUGGGAGGGGGCUUCUCCUUUUGGAAGCAGAUAGCCAUGCAGGUAGAACUGUCAUCUCCCAAGUGGCCACAUACAGCAACCCGCCCCAGGCCAUGGGGACCACCACUCAGGGUUCGGGGCUGGCAGGAGGGCAGUUUCUCCAGUCUCCCUAGUCUGUUGGUGUCUUUAUAGGAAACUAUAAAGCAGAGCAGUGGUGUCUUUAGAGGAACCUCAUUCAAGUCAGGGCACUGAUUUUCCUCUCAGUUUAUUAUUUGGGGGGAUAGGGUCAGGUGGGUAUAGUAGUACUUUACCAGGGUGCUUUUAAGUUACUUUAAAAAAAAAAAAAAGCCUACAAAAUAUUUUUUUUCUUUUAUUUGCUCGAGUUCACAUUAAUGAUGGUCACAAGGCUGCCUUGUUGGGCAGGUGUGUUGCCCCCAGUUCCUCUUCUGCUGGCCUGUGUGACCUCCACAACCAGGCCCUGGGCCUGAGCCCCUUGUCCCUUCUCCACUGCCCCUCUUUCCAGACAGUAAAGGCCACGGUCAGUGUGUUUUUCUCUUGUAAACAAACCCCAGCUUGUUUAACAGAAAUGCUGAUAACCUACUGGGAAAGAUGGAGGUCUAAAUUACCUCCAGGGUUUUUCUGGGGGUUUAUCACCAGUGUGGGUCCCUUCUGAUACCACCAGGUUCACUGCAGGCAGAGUGGGGCAGAAGGCUGCUGAGGAUGUGGGUCAGUCACAGCAGCCCUCACCUCAAAGGGCUGGCCUGCUUCUCAGCCUACAUUCAUUUGCAAGCUUCAAUCGCUGGACCAUCUGUUGUUCACAGAUGUUAGAGGGUUGGGGGCUAGCUUCAGAUUUGAUUUAUAGGUAGGAGGGCUUAGAUUUUAAGGCACUUCUGAACGUCAAUCCCUGGACAAGGCAGUCAUCACGUAAGAACAGCUACCUUCUCCACUUGGUGGCACAAGAGGUAGGGAGGGGAGUAUGGGUUCAUCUGGCUUCGCAUUAUGCAAGGUGAAACCGUUUGUUUUCCCUCUCCAUUUUCCCUAACUGAAUGAAAAGGACACAUUCUGAAAUCCCUUUUGUUGGAGAAUUAGUCUGAGGGGAAAUGGGAGGCCAGAGAUGAGAACCCUUUGAAAAGAUUGUAAAAUACUGAUUUUCAUUCUUUCAAGCUUAUUUGUAAAUACCUAUUUGAAUGCUGUGUAUUUGUACAGGAAUUUGAGCAAAAAAUGUAUAGAGUGUGAUGUCCAAUUGGUAUUCAGCCCUAUAAAUGUGUUUUUAACCUCCCGCAUUCUGUGCUUAUUUAAAACAAGGAAACUUCUAACCAUUUCUUUUGUGCAUUCAUGUUUAAAGAAAAAAAGUGAUUUAAAAAUGAUCUUACCUGUACCAGAAAAGCAAAGUUAAACGAAACAAAAUUUGUACCAUUGUCCCAAGAGGUAUUUUACUGUAUAUAUUGUGGUAGCAUGUUCAAAAUCCAACAAGUAAUGUGAAUUUUAGAUGUAAAUAUCUGCCACUUGAUUUUUUCCCCCCUUUCCCCACUUCCUUGACUGCUGUGAUGUGAAUUAAAGAUAAAUACGUGAUACUGA